AUUUUCUUUCUUUUCGUUUCCCGAAACGUGAACACACGCGGAUUUCGCUGGGCGGAUUUUGAAAUUGAUAAAUAAGCCGCCAAGAUGACCAAGAAGCGCCGUAACGGAGGACGCAACAAGCACAAUCGCGGCCAUGUGAAGCCCGUGCGCUGCACCAACUGCGCCCGCUGCGUGCCCAAGGACAAGGCAAUCAAGAAGUUCGUCAUCCGCAACAUCGUGGAGGCUGCCGCCGUGCGCGACAUCACGGAGGCCAGCAUCUGGGACUCGUACGUGCUGCCCAAGCUCUAUGCGAAGCUCCACUACUGCGUGUCCUGCGCAAUCCACUCCAAGGUGGUGCGCAACCGUUCGCGCGAGGCCCGCCGCAUCCGCACGCCGCCACUGCGUUCCUUCCCCAAGGACAUGGCCCGCAACAACCAGAACAGGAAGUAGAGGUCUCGUCCAGCCGGAGGAGAGGAGCACUGGGUGCACCACCUGACAUCUCCAUAUGGAGUCUACCAAUCUAGCCGGACUCGCGCCCCAGUGCGUUCCGCUCUGGCGUCGAGGAAUCGCCAAGAUAAGCAGACGAAAUAUAUGCAUCCAGUUCUUUUUUAAUUUCAAAUAAACAGCGUGCUUCAUUGGGAAACAGCUACUACCUACAAACAAGUAACUACAUCCACUAAUGUCACCGGGCCCUUCUAAUGUGGAACCAUCUUGGUUUCAAAUCUACAGUGUAUUUAGUGUGUUGUCCCUACCAAUUUAUUUGAGAAACAGUGAUUGUAAGAAGACACCGGGUCAGUAGACCCUCCAUCAAGCAGCUUUCCGUCUACAUAUAGAGUCCGGCUUUUUGGCGGGCUCUCCCAAACAACCGUGCUUUUGAUAAGGAAUGAUCCGAAGGUAGAUAAGGCUAGUAUACUCCAAUCACCUACACUUGCUAGCCCAAUUAAUCACUGGUAAAUUAGUUUGGGAAGGUGAUUUACUUGGCUGAAUGGUCAGUGACAUUAAAUGUUGAGUAAAGCCCCUUUGGAAGAAUAUUUGUGAAUUACAAACUUAGUUAACCAUCUGCAUUUGCAAUGAUGCAUUCAUAAAGAUCUUAUUGUACGUAAAUAUAUUAUCCAAUUGGGUAAGAGCAGAUUAAUAUUGCAUGUGCAUAGCGAAGAAUAAUUAUUCCUUAGCACUGGUUCUUAUUUUUCAAAUGUUAAAAAUGCUCGAGGACUUGAUAAGUAAGUAAAUAGUAAGUACAGUAAUAAAAUAAACAGUUAAUACUGUUUUAGUUGUUCAUAUACCAAAGUUAAUGGAGAAAACUGCUAUUGGGUGAAAGUUUUCUUUCUAACUAAGAAUAUCUUUUAUAAGGAAAUCGUUGAUAUGCAAGCUAUGUAUUUGUAUGAAACAUGACCGUGUAAUUCACAGAAGGUGUUCUGUCAUUACUUAAUAAUGUGGUUUUUUAAUACUUCAGUGGUAAUAACUUAUACCUACUCAUACGUAGUAGACUUCCAUCAUCGACGAUUCCAUCUGUUUCCUGUUCGUGUUCCUGCGAUUAAGUCGUGUGUGAUAUCUCAUUUCCGGGCUCCAUCUGCUUAAAAUCCAGGAGUCAGGAGGCGGAGGAGUUGGGUAAACUACUUAAAACUUAACUUAUAAAUAACCAUUUAAUAUGGACUAAGUAAUUUUAAAGUUUCUGAACCAACAAAACGCCUUGUAAGUAAAAUUUGUAUGUAGAAAAGCAAAGCUACGAUAUUUCUCCGCAAUGGCGCCACAGUGUCAUGUCAAAUGUAUAAAAUCCUAUAAACAUUUAGUUUACUAUCUAGAAAUGCACUAGUCAUUCAGGACUAAUUGUAU